UCCUUCGUUCUACGAAUUCAGAAUUCAAAGCCAUUCAAGGCGGUGACAAACUAGUAGAAAUAACCAGAACUGUUCCCAUUUCAGUGAAGCAUUAGCUUCCACGACCCACCUCCGUCGCGAAUCCAUACGGAUAGCUCUGUCCAUUAACGUUACACGAGCUAAGGUAACGUUGGGAAGAUUUCUGUACUUUCUGUCCAGGAUGGCGGCAAACGAAGGGGACGAAGCUACUGUUUCUCUGGUUGAUGUAUUAGAGGAGGACGAGGAGUUGGAAGAAGAAGCAUCUGCUGUUCUCGCUGGCAGUGACGCGGAGAAAUGUUCCUACCCAGAGGGGUACGUCAAGCGACAGGCUUUGUACGCAUGCAGUACAUGCACACCAAAGGGAGGCGAGCCUGCUGGAAUCUGCCUGGCCUGCUCUUACAAGUGCCACGAGGGUCAUGAAUUGUAUGAGCUUUACACAAAGAGGAAUUUCCGUUGUGACUGUGGAAAUUCAAAAUUUGGGGAUAAGGAAUGCAAACUGUUUCAAGAGAAAGAUGAACUGAACGCUGAUAAUAAGUAUAGCCACAACUUCUUUGGUCUCUACUGCACUUGCAACCGCCCAUACCCAGAUGCUGAGGACCAGGUUGCAGAUGAGAUGAUCCAGUGUGUGGUCUGCGAGGACUGGCUCCAUGGCCGGCACCUGGGCUGUGGGGUGCCAGAGUGUGUGGAGCUGCAGGAGAUGGUGUGCGAGUCCUGCAUGAAGAAAGCCCCCUUCCUAUGGACCUAUGCUGCACACAUUGCAAUUUCUCCUGUGACCAAAGAAGGCGCAUGCAAGUUGGAGGGAGAGGUGAAGGAGGGAGACGACACAGAGGAGAAGAGCAGGGGAGAGACGGCCUCUGGGAGUCCUAAGGAAGAUAAGGCAAAGAUGAACGGGACAGCUGGCUGCAAGAGGAAGCACUCCGAGUCAGAGGGCGGGGCCUCUAGAGACAUGGGGUGUGGUCUCAAAGAGCUGCAAGCUGAGGGGCGGAGCCGUGAGCAGGAGGGGGCUGUCUUCUGGCCCUCCGGCUGGCGUUCCCGCCUUUGCUCCUGCAACAGCUGCAAGAGGACGUUUGAGACGGCGGAGGUGGCCUUCCUGCUGGACGAGUCGGACACGGUGCUGGCGUACGAGACCAAAGGCAAAAGCACGGAGCAGGAGCGCGAGGGGGCGUCAGGGGGCCAGGACCCGCUCAUGUCGGCCUUCAACACUCUCAACCGCGUCCAGCAACUGGAGAUCAUCUACGAGUAUAACGACCUGAAGACGGAGCUGAGGGAUUAUCUGCAGAGGUUCGCAGCAGAAGGAAAGGUUGUGACUCCAGAGGACAUCCGUCAGUUCUUUGAGGAGCAGCAGAGCCGCAAGAGACGGCGGGCCAACGCGGGCCAGUAUUACUGCAGCUGAACCCCGAACAGGACCCAGGACCCAAACCCCAAUCUAGAUCGCACCGCCCCCUCCUCCUCCAGAACCACCUCAAUAACCUGUCCAUGUGUAACCACACCCCCGGACCCCCACCAACAUCUAUUGCUUUGGAGACAAAAAAAAAUGGUUUUGAAUUAAAAGAAAUAGCAGCUAAAAUAUGGAAGAGGUCUUUUUGAGCUUGUCUGUAGGCUGAUUGCUUGUUAUCAGAUGUUUUGGUUCUCCUUUUUGAAAAAGGUCAUUGAAGCUGAUGAGGCCUGUAGUUUAAAUCUGCCAUGCCCCAACAACAUCCCUGAACUAGUCCCCACAGGAGAGUGCAAUAUCUACGGCUGUCAGAAGGGAGAGCGCUUAGUCACCCCACGUAUUGCCCACGAGCGUGUUCACCCAACACCAACACGACAAAACCGGUUAGUGCUAAUCCAUCCCAGUUGCCGUAGCGCCCACGCAUCGCAGGCGCAGCCCACAGUUUCAGAGAAAGGUUUCAUUUGUUCUUCCCGACAUCGGUUGUGUUUCUAGAAAGCAGGCAUCUUGAUUCUAUUUGUCGGUGUCAUCAAGUCCUGGCAGUCGCCCUCUGGGCAGGGGACUCUGGACCGGUGCCUGGUCUUCCCAGACAUCUGGCCCCCGGGCCUGGGCCAGGCUCGCUCCAGAGCCCACUGCUCUGUGUCUUGGCUAGUCCUGUUCCAGGAAAGCACUGGCCUGUUGACGGCCAUCCCCCAUCAUGGAAGUGGAUGUCUGCUCUGAAGCUAAUGAGUUGUUUGUUCUUGUCAGUUUUGUAUUGUUGAGCAUAUUUUCAGUGUUUUUUUUUUUUUUUGUUUCUUCUUCCUGUCCCUUUAUAUUAUAGCAUACCUUUGAAAAAUAAAGACAUUUAUGUGA